CCACUGGGUCACAGACUCACAGGAGCAAGAUGACUGAAAAUAGUAAUAUUGAAGCAGCAGGGAUGUCCACUAGCACUCAACCAUCUUCUCCACCGUCAGGUGUUCGUAAGAAUCGGUUAGCUGUUUGGGAUCAUUUUGAUAUAGAGAAUGCUACUGAGAAGAAGGCUAAAUGCGAAUAUUGUGGUAGCUUAAUACAAUAUGGGAAUGGAACCAUCUCAACGGGUGGUCAUUUGAGAAGAUGCAAGCAAAAUCCUAAUAAUUAUUCGAACAAAAGAAGAAAAGCAAUGACCAUAUUGACUAUAGAUGAGCGUGGUGUUUUAAAUUCACCCAGUGCUUCCAAAUUUGACCAAGAGGAGGCUCGAAGGGCACUUGUGGAAAUGUUUAUUGGGGAAGAGCUACCAUUUUGCUUCGUUGAAAGCCCAAAAUUUCGAAGAUUUGUGCAUGCCCUACAAGCAAGAUUCAAAGUUCCUUCACGGACUACAUUAGCACGUGACAUUGGAGCCUUUUAUGCUGAAGAGAAGAUGAAGUUGCAAGAUUUUCUCUCGGCAAAUUGUGGUAGAUACUAUGUCAAUGGCAGAAAGGAUGAGGGUUAAGUAUGAGAAGUAUUGGGACAAUCCUGAUUCAGUGAAAUAU